CUCUCGUGAUCGGACCAUCGAAGAUAAAUCUUGGUAGCUCGAUCACGUUCUCAAAUACUAGUAGGUGCAUUCUAAGCCACUUUCUUCGUUCGUUCGUUCGUUGGCCUUAGAUCUGCUCCACAUGUACCCAACGACGAAUGAACAACUUUCACAUGGGAUGUUAUUUUGUUCCAAGUCAGGCUCUAUACUCCAAUUCCGGAUGAUAUGAUUCACCCCAUUCCAGCCACGGUCACAUUAGGCUAUCUGCUCAACCGUUUUGAGGAAACCUGCAUGGGCCCCGAGAAGACUUGAUAAAGAGGAGGGGGACGAGCGGUUCUGGAUCACCUUCUUUUCUUUUACAACACCUCUUUCUGCUAGAGUAGACAUCUCUUCCGAGAUUUUGUCGAGCCUCGAAACCAUUGAAAUCGUCUUUUCGCCGUGCCAACGAAUCAAGCUAAGCUGGUUCACCAAUAACAGGCUUUGCACCUGUUAAAACCUUAGUCACGGACGAUCUAGUAUCGUCUAGUACUGUCUACGCGGCCGUCAAGCUGAUUCAAACCGUGAUAGCGAUACUGCCUUCAAACGGUCCCACAUGCACGCUUACCGUCAACGGUCGACCUCGCUCGACCUCCCGUUGCCUGUCGAAACGUCAAACAAACAUCCAGCAAAUUCGGGAUUCCUCGAAUCCUGCCAGCUCAAACCCCGAAACGUCAAGUAUUUCGAACGAGGUACCACUCGGUUAUAUCGGCUCCGAUGUACAAAUCACUCAUACAAAACCCUCACGUGAAAGUGUUCCUAUCUCCAAGAUGCGUUGUACGAGGAGAUUUGAAAAUUAUACCUCAAAUAGGUCAUGAUGUCAAGUAUACCGGUAUCCCACCAAUAGUUUGGUGGUAAGCAUGAUGCACAUUCACACGCCGGCACUGCGUGGAACAGAUAUUCCAAUAUUUACGCGUCUGGCCCAAAUGGCGGAGAUCUGGACCCAAGGUCGCAAAGGCGCGUUUUCUCGUAACUUCUGAGCCUGUCUGUGCGAACACAGCCGGUUCCUGUUGUAGUUGCUCCAUCAACGUCUGCACGCGCGGACGUGCCCUAGCACAUCGAAAUAGCUAUAGCUCAUAGAUUCCAACUCAGGUAGUAUUUCUUCGAAAGACCUUUGAUCCCGACGUCAGUUUGUUGAUGUUCUGAGGUAUAUUUGCAGCUUUCCUGGUUAUUUAAUCAUCUUAAACCCGCUUUUUUUGGUAGUACUUGGGUAUCACCAUGUCGUCUACAAAGGAAUCUCGUAUUGGACAAGCUAUGGUUCGUUUCUCUCUCGUUUUUGACACAGAAUUUCUGAUUGUCUCCUCAAUAUCUUCCAAUUUUGCAUUUUCAGAAGUUCAAGUCUUCAAUUCUUCUAAUGAUGCUGACUUUUGACUCUCUCUUCCUCAGAGUGUUGAUGACUCGAUAAUACUACCGUCACCCCUAAUACGUGACCCGCCAAAUCUACCAAGAAAGCCACCUCAUUCAAGAACCAGCUCACGAUCUUCAGAGUCAGAAGUAUCAAGGGUGGGAUCGGAUUCUUCCAGGCCUCCCCCAUCGAUACCAAGCUCCUUUGCCUCGAAGACUUCUAGGUAUAGAUCAAACGAAAAACCACCAUUAUCGGCAGAUAACCCACAAAGACUCUCGGGGAUAACCUUGAGAAGUCAUUCUAGAGAGAAAUCAAGAACUUUUGCCAUAGAUCCAAAUGGCUUGCCUGAAGAUCGUACCGACUCAAUUGAUUUUGCUGCGACAAAUAACGUUCCAUAUGAUCAAUCAAUACAGGAAAAGCCACAGGCCCCUGUUUUGGUUGGAACUCCUCAAUCUUUGGAUAUGGACAGGAAAGAAUGGUGGAAACGAAGUAUAGGUGAUAUCGUGCCUAUGCUCUUCACUGUUCCCUUCUUCGUGAUCGUUGCUACAAUUAUGCUGGCUCAUAAGAAACCUGUUACUCCUGCGUUAUUCACACGUUUGAACGAGCUUUCCAAAGUCGUACGUCCUGUCCUGCUCAUGCAUUUUCUCACUUGCUUCGUACUGACUUUGAUAGAUUGCAACAAUUUUCCCACUUGAGUUUUCAAUCAGUGUUGGAAGGGCGUUUGUAAAAUACGUCAACUACAAACUGGAACAAGGAACAACUCUGGGUCUUCUCGAGCGAUUGGUCAACAGCAGGACAGUCCUCGGUGCCGUCAGAACACAAGUACGGUUAGGAUUCAUUCCACUGCUCAGUAUCCCCAUCAUAGCAUUAUGGAUGGUAUCUCCUAUCGGGUCACAAGCGGCUCUAAGAAUGGUCACCACAACUUUGGCACCAAUCGUAUCUCCUAGCAAAAUUUCUUAUCUCAGUACACGACAGCCCAAUUAUGCUGGCAGUUCACAGUUCGAAACUUCCUGGUUUCCAGGAUUCACAUCCCUAUUCUCAGCAGCUCUCGUAGCGCCCGGAAUUGUCAAAACUGGCCCGAUGGAUUUAUGGGGAAAUGUCAAGAUACCCAUGCUUUCAGGUCUCGCUAAUCUCCAAGAAGAUACCAACGGCUGGCGAUAUAUCCCAAAAGAGAACUUUUCGGUCACCUACGCAUCUCUGUUUGGCAUUCCAUAUUCUGAACUACCAGAUGGAAACAGUACUUUUAACAUCGAGUCCACGUACAUCGAACUGACUUGUGGAAAUCGUACUUCCGCGCCAACGAGAGGAGCAAACGGUUUCACGAAUCCGGGUCUCAUUGGUGGCAAUGGCGAAUUCAGAAGCGGUGCAAACAUAACCGAGAAUACCAACUGGGCAUUGGGAUAUCAGGGUCAAGACUUGAAAGACCUUCUCCCCGAUACGGACAGAAAUGCAUCCCAAUGUCUGGACUGUCUCCGCAAUGACUUCACAACCACGAAGGAAGUUCCAGGAACACUUCUCUACCAAGACUUUACAGGGACAUCGAAAGUUGUGUCAAUCUACUGCGUCCCCUCGCAGGUCUACGUUGAAUCCAUGGUCCAAUGCACCAAAUCCCCUCACUUACAACCAACCUGUUCUGUGUUCGCACAACGGACUUCCAUCCUCGCACAACCACCACCUGUCACCCUCCUUAGCUUCAACUCCACCCUCAACGGCCUGACAUCUCUCCUCCCUCAAUGCACAAGGAGAUUACAGGGUAUAGAUACAAUCCAAAACUAUCUCGUCUCCCCCCUCUCCAAUAACUUCAUCGAAUCCACCCCCACCCCCCGACACCNUCUCUCCUCCCUCAAUGCACAAGGAGAUUACAGGGUAUAGAUACAAUCCAAAACUAUCUCGUCUCCCCCCUCUCCAAUAACUUCAUCGAAUCCACCCCCACCCCCCGACACCUCUCCAACCAAACCUCUCCCCCCAGCAACGACGAAUCCCGCAUCACCACCGUCGAAAUGCAAGACUUCUCCAUCCGCCUCAGCCAACUCCUCAACACCUUCCUGGAAGGCAGCACCGCCAACGCAACAUCCUACCUAACCGACACGCUGCCUCUCUCCGACACCGCCCCAGCAACCUCCCCCACCCUCCUCACCAACACCAUCACCUCCCGCGCCCAAACCCUCACCGUCCCCGCCUCUCACAUCUCCCUCAUCCCAAUCUUCAUCUGCAACUGGCCGUGGGCGAUCGUCUUCCUGGUGUCCUCGUGCGUCCUCCUCUUCGCGUCGGUCUUCGCGGCGUAUAUCAGGAGGAAGACCCUCACGAGGGAUUUCCUGCCGUAUGUGGGGAAUCUGGUGAGUCAGGGACGGGAUGUCGAUGUUCCCAGGGGGAAUUUCAGGACGGAGGGAUUGGAGAGGAGUAAGGCGAUCAGCGGGUUGAAGGUUAGGCUUGGGGAUGUUGGGGAUGUGGAGGAAGGAAGAGGGGGGUGGGAGGUAGGUACCGGGGUGAGGGUUGGUGUUGGGAGGCUGGGGAUUACGAAUUGGGAUGGGCAGAAAGAGGGGAGAUUGGAGAAGGGACAGUUAUAUUUAUAA